AUGGGCAAACUUGUGAAGAAGGGCACCAAAGGCGUCGCAAAAGCUUAUGUGACGCGGGGAGCGGCCCUUAAGAAGCUUCAAUGCACGCUAGCAGACUUCAGGCGUCUGUGUAUCCUUAAAGGUAUCUUUCCUCGUGAACCACGGAAUAGAAAGGUGGCUCGCCGAGGGUCCACAGUUUACACAACAUUCUACUAUGCGAAGGAUAUCGCGUUCCUUGCACAUGAACCUGUGCUAAAAAAAAUGCGAGAACAAAAAAUCUUCGCCAAGAAGAUGGCACGAGCAGUGGGACGUCGCGACUGGUCUCUUGCUAAAAGCUUGAAGGAGAAUAGGCCAUUUUAUAACCUGGACCAUAUUGUGAAGGAGCGAUAUCCUACAUUCAUAGACGCCCUCCGGGACAUCGAUGAUGCCCUGUGUCUCGUUACACUGUUUGCUUGCCUCCCUUCAAUUCCCCGAAUUUCUCCUUCUGCCGUUGAGCAGUGCGCGCGUCUGACCCAUGAAUGGCAGCUAUAUGUCAUGCACACACGGUCACUGCGCAAGGUCUUUUUAUCCAUCAAAGGAGUUUACUUCCAAGCCUAUGUGAUGGGUGAAGAAAUCACCUGGCUUGUACCGUAUAUGUUCUCUCAGACAAUACCCGAUGAUGUGGACCUUCGUGUCGUGGGGACAUUUAUAGACUUCUAUCGAACUCUAUUAGGUUUUGUUCUCUUUAAAUUAUAUACGGACGCAGAUCUCGUAUAUCCUCCUGCCUUGGACGCUUCUAAGAAUGAUGGAGCAGGAGGGUUGAGCGCAUUUCGUUUGAUCGAUCUUGGGACUCAAGCCACCGAGCAGUCUCUAAGUGACCAGAAGACUACAGUUCUGGACGUGGAGGGCCGUCAGGUGAAGCCACAUCGCGUCCAACAAGCCAUUAAUGCGUUGGCUCACGUUCCUGCACCGACUGAGCCUCCCGAGGUUGCAACGAAACCUCAGUCAUCCAAUGAGCCUUCGGCAACCUUCAAUUUCCCCACCAACGGUUCACCUUCAGUCACCAAUCUCUUCACUGGUCUCACAUUUUUCCUUGCACGUGGUAUACCUCGCCCGUUGAUGGAAUUCAUCAUUCGUUCGUUUGGGGGGCGCGUCGGCUGGACCCCAACUGCAGGCUCUGGGUCACCACUUCAAGAGGAUGACAUGUCUAUCACACAUGUGAUCAUUGAUAGACCGCUUGACAAUACAAGCAAAGUCCCAGGGGAGCUGCUGCGCUGCCGCAAAUACAUACAGCCACAGUGGGUUGUCGACUCGAUUAACGCCCAAAAGCUCCUUGUGGAGGGACCGUACGAACAAGGUCAAACAAUGCCACCGCAUCUAAGUCCCUUCGGGGAGGCAGACGGAGCCUAUGAUCCUCACUCGGCUGAAAGUGCAGCCAACGAAGUCGACGAUGUUUCUGAUGAAGAGGCAAAGGAGCCCGCCGAAAUGUCGAAAAGCAGUGAUGACGCGUUGCAACAAUCCAUUUUGACUGCACGGUCAGAACCAACUGAAGCGAAUCUACGAGCAGCGGAGAUACAAGCCGAGCGUGCCGGCAUGGAUGCAACGACUUUCGAAGCAGCCAUAAACAAGCGUCCGAAUAUUACCCAGCCAGAGAAAGUGACAGACUCGAGCGCUCCUUCAGACAUGAACAAAAUGCUAAUGAGUAACAAGAAAAGAAAACUCUACGAAAAUCUCAAGCGUAGAGAGAUGAAACAGGCCAGCCAGGUCAGUCUCAGAUUUUCUCCAGUGAGAUGUUCGUCUGACUUCGUUCAUUAG